UCCAGUAUAAAAAUGCAACCAAACAAGCAAUUAGAUAGCGUUUGCUCUCUACUCGCGUCUUCCAAAUUGGGGACCGUCAAAUUGACGAAGAUAAUUUGCACUAUAGGUCCUGCGUCUAGGGACGUAGCAACGUUAGAAGAACUCAUUGACGCUGGUAUGAAUGUGGCCCGUUUAAAUCUAUCUCACGGAACCCACGAAUACCACAUUCAAACUAUAAAAAACAUCCGACUCGCUGAAACAAACUACCAAAAGAAAACGGGAGUGGAGAGGCCCAUCGCAAUAGCUUUAGACACUAGAGGACGAGAAAUCAGAACCGGACUUCUGGAAGGCGGCGAUUCAGUCGAGGUGCUCUUAGUUAAGGGAAAGAAGAUUAAAUUAACUGCAGACAAAUAUUACGAAACAAGAGGAAAUGCCAAUAUAUUAUUUGUAAGUUAUCAGAAUAUCACCGGAGUAGUUAAAGCUGGCGAUCGCAUCUUUAUAGACGACGGUCUUAUCUCGUUGAAAUGCGUAAACGUUGAAGACAUAUGUUUGAUAUGUCAAAUUGAAAACGAUGGCUUGUUGGGUAGCCGCAAGGGAGUUAAUCUACCCGGAGUGAAUGUGGAUCUUCCGCCAUUAUCUCAAGCGGACAAACUUGACUUGGAGUUUGGUGUCAGUGAGAACGUUGACAUGAUCUUCGGAUCUUUCACUCCGAACGCCGCUGCUGUAGUGGAAAUGAGGAGAAUUAUGGGAGAAAAUGGGAAAGAUAUUCGCAUUAUUUCCAAAAUUGAGAACCAACAAGGAAUAGACCAUGCCGAUGAAAUUAUCGAUGCUUCUGAUGGAAUUAUGGUGGAGAGGGGAGAUCUAGGAAGCGAGAUUCCAAUUCAGAAAGUGUUUCUUGCCCAAAAGUGUCUGAUAGCACGUUGCAAUAGGGUCGGGAAACCUGUAAUUUGUGCCACCCAAAUGUUGGAGUCGAUGACCCACAAGCCAAGACCCACGAGAGCCGAAAUCACAGACGUAGCAAACGCAGUAUUGGACGGUGCCGAUUGUGUCAUGCUAUCAGGUGAAACUGCAAGGGGGGAAUAUCCAACUAAAUGCGUAGCAAUGAUGACCAGUAUAUGUAUGGAAGCGGAAGCGGUAUUCUGUCAGAAGCAAUUAUUUUUAGAUCUUAAUAACGAAAUUAAAUCAUUAAGUGGAGUGGAAGCUGUUGCGGCUGCCGCAGUAGGAACUUCCAUUGAAGAGCAUGCAAGUGCCAUCAUAUUGUCUACAGAUACUGCCCAUCUGAUUAAUAUAGUAACCAAAUUUAGACCUGGGUGUCCCAUUAUCGCAGUAACCGACAGUAAAAUGGAAACCAGGCGAUUCCAGAUUUAUAGAGCGGUAAUCCCGGUUUAUUACCAAGGAUCAAUUUCGGAUGUAGAGGAACGCACUAGAAUAAAGUUUGGCAUUGAUGUUGCAAAGACACAACGCAUAAUUUGUCAAGGCGAUAGAGUCGUAGCUAUCUCGCGGAGUACCAGUGGUGAUUCUGUAGAUACAAUGGUUGUAUCUUAGAGAACCCACAAACGGUUGAAUAAAAAUAAAUAAAGGGGUUUCCGAUAAAUGCAGGUAGUUCCUAAAAUGAAAUAAAACAAGCCGUGCGUGAUUCUUUUUUAAUUAAAAAACCACUAAGUGUGAAAUGCGACAUAGUUCAAAUGACCGAUACGGCUUUUUAUGGUGGCACCGAUGCGAAUGCUAUCGCCCAUGUUCACCGUCCAUUUACCUAAAACUGUGACUUCUAGGAACCUACAAGAAAAAGUCUUAGAGGGGUCAAUUCGCAUAUCCAAUUCACUUCACCACUGCGAGAAAUAGCCUUCUUGGAAUAACAUGUGGUCUAGGCCCAGAUGAUUGAAUUUGGGAGAUAAGAAAUUGAGUAGCGCUCACCGUUGAUAAAAAAACGGUAACUUUUGAGAAUUGUCACUGAGUAAACCUUGCGUGGGUUGAUGUCAUUUCAUAUACUAAAUUUUUUCUGGAUAAAACAACUAUUUAUCCAAACCUGCGCCUCGUAAAAAAUAAGUUUUCAAUCAAAAAUGAAGCCCCAGUCAGCCAAUAAAAUGGCUUUAUCAAUGGUUGUACACUUUCAGCUUCUAGAUCAGUUGUAUUUUAUUAGCGUAUAAUCCUGAAGGAAAAUUGGCCAAGUUUACCCCUUGUACGGAUGUUGGUUGAUUGAAUAGGAAACCAAUCACCUCAAAUUUGGCCCCCAAACUUCCAAGAGUGGACUGUGAGCAGCCACCAUGUUUACUGUAAGACGGGCCCAAUGUGCGCAAUGAUAAUAAAAUUUUUGUCAUUUGAACGUCCUGUUUAAAAGUGCAAUUCGCCAUGAUCAUUUUACAUAAGUAACU